CUCAAAACAAUACGAACGCAACAUGUCCGGUACAGAAGAGCCAAAGAAGGAGAGAUUCGCACCAAAGGAGCCAGUGGCAUUGAACCCGCCCAAGAACGACCUGAUCUCGCGCGAACACCUUGCCAAGUGUGAUGGCACAAACGAAGGCUACCCUACGCUAGUCGGCAUCAAGGGUGAUGUGUUUGACGUGAGUGGAAAGGAGACAUACGCACCCGGAAAGGGUUAUCAUGUCUUUGCUGGCAAGGAGCCCAACCGUGCGCUCGGCAUGUCAUCUUUGAAACCAGAAGAUUGUGUAUCAGACUACUCCACGCUUUCCGAGACUGAGACCAAAACCCUCAAUGACUGGCACACCUUCUUCAGCAAACGAUACAACAUCGUCGGACAUCUUCAGCCUGAGAACGAAUCAAGAAUCUGAUCAUCUUCGGACGCAUCGCCAAUGACAAUGAGUCUUUCAAUCUAUAUCUUGACACCGGCGACUACAUGACCGUACAUGAGUAUACUGCUCAACUAGAUACCAGCAACGGCUUCGAAGCCUUGAACAAAAGAGAAUCAGUCACGUUGUCUAUCUUUCUGAGUCACAAUUUCUCUCCUACUUCGCAAGACCCGACAUUGUGCCGCUACUCAUGUUUUCGACUGCAGUCAGCUUCAUAAGACGGCGGGGCAAGACGAUCGGCAAAGAGACCUAUUCUCGACCUGCCAACUAACGAUUUAUGCGAGCAAACAUACUGCAGGAAAUUUUGAGCAUGUGUUGUACUUCGUAAC